AUGAACAAAAUAAUUAUUUUGUCAUUGAUGACAGCAUAUGUUGUUGCAAAUAACCAAAGCUAUUAUAGAAGAUGUUCAAAAGCUGUUUGUGCUGUUCCCUAUUAAACUUGCUAAAAUGAUGUUGCUUGCCAAUAAACCUUCGCAAUCUGUGAAGAAUAAUGUUCUUCUGGAUAAGAGAAUUGCAUUGAAACAUGCCUAUUGAGUUCAAAUUCCUUAACUGUUUAGAGAUUAGCCCUUUGUUCAUUGAAUAAUAUGUGUAUGAAUUCUAUGGAUUGUAAGGCUGAUAUUACUUGUCCAGCUACUUGCAAGGAACCAGUAAAAUUGGGAAAUGAUAAAUGCAGCACUCCAUCUACUUAUGCAUCUUAAGAAUGCAUAUCAGAUUUCUUAAUUUAAAUUGGAAGAGAUGAAUGCGCAGACAGACUUUGUGUUUGCAAAACAGGAGGAUCUUUAGAAGUUUUUAUAACUGGAUGUUAUUGUUGA